AUGGCCAUUCGAUGUGAAGGCCGGUUCCUCUGGCUUAUGAUGCAAGAGCCCACUCUAAGAAAAGCAUUCACACUCCGGCCGCUUACUGUCUGCGAGAUUACCGACGCUGCCCUCAUCGACGAUUCUGAAGACCUGCCGUUGGAGGAUCUCCACGACGCCCUAGAUGUCGACUACAUCGAAACCGAGAUUGAUGGCCUUUGCAGCCCUCUCUUGAUGCUUCGAGCGAGUCGCCAGGCUCAGCCGUAG